AUCAGUGGUGCUGGAGAGUUCACUCACCGUCUGCUAGCUCCAGCCAAAACGUGACUACGAACCUUUUAUUUAUUUCGUUAACUAGCUAGCUACCUUUGAAUACCCCUUCCCGAACAAGAUGUAACUUACUACAGUACGUAAACACUCAUUUGAGAAUACUCAUCCAUUUUUAAAGGAACCAGGAGAGUGAAUGACGUGCUGUUUUGCUAAUGGAAGAUAUUGUUGUGAAUUAUUGCGAGUAUGUUACGCCGAAGUGAUUUUGUGUUUUGUUUUUUCAUAUUCAUCGUGGAUCUCUAAUUUGGGAUUUACCUUCAAAUCCAGGCGGUUUUCCGUGAAGGAAAUACAGAACGGGGGACAACGCUCACUGCUUAACUACAACCCGGGGAUUUAAAUCGCGUUUGCGGUGUUCCAAGAAAAAAAGAAAGAAAAAAAUUCAUGUGGCGAUUUUCUCUUUAACAAAUACAGUUUUGGAUUGCAGAAUGAGCAAGGAAAGACCGAAGAGGAAUAUCAUCCAAAAGAAAUACGAUGACAGUGACGGGAUCCCGUGGUCAGAAGAGCGCGUGGUGCGCAAGGUGCUGUACCUUUCCCUAAAAGAGUUCAAGAGCGCGCAGAAACGGCAGCUGGGGGACGGACUCGCCGAGGGAGCCAAAAACACAAACUGUUCGUUGGCGAACGGCCAGCUGAAUGGAUCCGGACCGAAAGGAGGUGACAAAGAUGGCGGGUCCAGGGGGUCUUCGCAAAGUACCGAUGGCAGCAGUGACUACUCAGAGGAAGGUCCAGUCAAGAAGAGGCCCAGACUGCAAGCACAAAGGAAGUUCGCCCAGUCCCAGCCCAACUCGCCCAGCACCACGCCGGUGAAGGCGGUGGAGGCAGCCCUUCCCAUCCCGGCCUCCCAGAUCACGGACCUCUCCAAGCGCAAGCCCAAGACCGAGGACUUCCUGACCUUCCUGUGUCUGCGAGGUUACUGUACGUGGCUCAAUGAAGGGUCGUCGGCCUUGCCCAGCAAUAUGGCAUACUUCGGGAGCUCCCAGGACGAAGACGACCUGGAGGACGAUGAGGAGUGUGAGGAUGUGAAGCCGGCUGCCAGCGUAGCCUCCGCGUCCUGCCAGUCCACGCCGCGGAAGGGCAAGCCGCCGGGGAAGCACACCGUAAACGGACACGUUUUCGACGGCCACAGCAAGGCAGCGCGGGAGAAGGACUCCACCCCCAAACACAAAGGCAAGGAGGUGACGCCGGCGAAGGAGAGGAGCGAGAGGGCGGAGGGACGCCGGGAGCAGACUGUUAACCCCACGGGGCCCCCGGCCAGGGGCCCCGCCGCCAACGGCCCUGCCGCAGCCGGGUCCCCCUGCAGGAGGGCCGCCGAGGACCUUCGCAAGCAGGUUUCAAAAGUCAAUGGGCUCACUCGGGCAUCCUCCAUGGGCACACACGCGCCCAGUGCCAAAAAGACGAAAAACUUCCGACUGCCGUCCAAAACUGUGAAGUACACAGCCACCGUGACCAAGGGCCACGUCACGUACACCAAAGCAAAGCUGGUCAAAAAAACCAAACUCAUCCACAGCAAGCAUGCGGCAGCCGCCCACCGGCCUCUCCAACACGGUGGCGGCAUCGGCGGCGGUGGCGGCCACCCGCGCCUCCACCACUCCAACUCAGGAAAAGCCCAAAGUAGCAAUGCAAAAACCCGCAAACAGGUGCUAAUGUCCAACGGCGUGCACAAGGCGGCCGACGGGGCCGGCGGCGUGCGCCUCAACGGAAGGCUGAACGGGCGGCCGCGCGCCGAGGAGGAGGAGGCCCGGCAGGGCCGCGAGGGCCUCCGCAACUCCAAGAGGGCGGCGGGGGGCGCGCCGAAAGAGAGGCCGCUCUCGGCCGACGCCAAGAGGGCCAAGCUCCAGGCUGCCGCCCUGGAGACGCGGAGCAGGAAGGGCGGCCAGGAGAAGGAGAAGGAGGAGAAGGCCGCCGAGCCCAACGGCCACGCCGUCCUGGAAACGACAGCGGCAGCCGCGGUAACGGCGACUACGGUGACGACGGCGCCGGCGCCGCCACCGACUCCGACACCGGCCAGCACCGAGAACCAGCGGCCAAGGCGGGCCAAGGCGGGCCGGCUGAUGUUCAGCAGACAAGCACAGCACAAAGCGCCACCGGCUGCCGCCGCCGAGAUCCGCCUCACUACCUCAGCCGGCACCCCCUCCCCCGCCCCUAACAAACCAGUGGAGCCUAAAGCGGACAGGGACAGGGACAGGGAGAAGGAGAGGGAGAGGGAGAGGAGCAGGGCCGCCUUCGCCUCCUUGACGGAGGUCCCGGUCCUCCGGCCCGGCCCGCGGGAGUUCCAGGACCCCCUGGUGUACCUGGACUCGGUUCGGGAGCAGGCGGAGCCCUACGGGCUGUGCCGGGUCGUCCCGCCGCCCGACUGGCGGCCCGAGUGCAAGCUGAGCGACGAGAUGCGCUUCGUCACGCAGGUGCAGCAUGUGCACAAGCUGGGCCGGCGCUGGGGCCCCAACGUGCAGCGGCUCGCCUGCAUCAAGAAGCACCUCAAAUCUCAGGGCAUCACCAUGGAGGACCCGCCUCUCAUUGGGGGCUGCGAGCUGGACCUGGCGCGCUUCUUCCAGCUCAUCAACGACAUGGGCGGCAUGCAGCAGGUGACGGACCUCAAGAAGUGGAGCAAGCUGGCGGACCUGCUGCGCGUGCCCAAGUCGGCCCAGGACCGGCUGGCCAAGCUGCAGGAGGCCUACUGCCAGUACCUGCUGUCCUAUGACUCGCUCUCGCCCGAGGAGCGCCGGCGGCUGGAGAAGGAGGUGCUGGCCGAGAAGGAGAACCUGGAGCGGCGGAAGGGGCCCCUGGAGGGCCACUCGGAGAGCGCGCAGAGGUCGCUCUCGCUGCCGCGCUACGAGCCCAAGAACGGCCUGGUCAACGGCGUGGUGCACAAGAACGGCUUCCGCGGCAAGCUCAAGGAGCUGGACACGCAGGUCAAGGCGGGUCGCCGCCGGCUCUUUGCUCAGGAACGGAAGGAGGACGAGGACGAAGAGGAGGACAGGGGCAUUCUCAGUGACCAGCACAAGUGUAUAUACAAGGGGAGAUCGGUGUCGUUGACCACCUUCUACAGGACCGCCAGGAACACCAUGAACAUGUGCUUUAAUAAGGAGCCCAGCGCGGCAGAAGUCGAGCAAGAGUACUGGCGAAUAGUGGAGCAGAAGGACUGCCACGUGGCAGUGCAUUAUGGGAAAGUGGACACAAACACGCAUGGGAGUGGCUUCCCCGUGGGAAAGUCAGAGCCAUUUUCAAAACAUGGGUGGAACCUCACAGUCCUUCCCAAUAACUCUGGAUCCAUCCUGCGCCACCUUGGUGCUGUGCCAGGGGUGACCAUUCCCUGGCUGAACAUCGGCAUGGUGUUUUCUACCUCAUGCUGGUCUCGAGACCAAAACCGCCUUCCAUACAUCGAUUAUUUACACACUGGUGCUGACUGCAUUUGGUAUUGUAUUCCUGCUGAGGAGAAGGCUAAGCUUGACAAAGUUGUGCACACGCUGCUGCAGGCCAACGGGACCCCGGGCCUUGAGAUGCUGGAGAAGAACAUCAUGAUCUCUCCGGAGGUCCUGUCCCGUGAGGGGAUCAAGGUGCACCGCACCGUGCAGAAAAGCGGCCAGUUCAUCGUCUGCUUCCCGGGGACUUUCGUGUCCCGGGUCUGCUGCGGGUACAGCGUCUCCGAAACCGUGCACUUUGCCACCCCCCAGUGGAUGAACUUGGGAUACGAGGCUGCUAAGGACCUAAAAUGUCGGCGCAUAGCGAAGCCCUUCUCCAUGGAGAAGCUGCUGUACCAGAUUGCCACGGCCGAGUCCAAACGAGAGAACGGACACGUUCUGAGUACAAUCUCCACUCUUCUCAAAGAUCUCAGGGAUAUGGAGAUGCGGCAGCGGCGGGAGCUGUUCCAGGCGGGGCUGCUGUCCUCCGCCCGCUACGGCACCCACGACAACAACCAGCCGCCCAGCGAGGGCAGGAAGAAACCGCGCAAGUGGCUGGCGCUGGAGUCGUCCGAGCGGCGCUGCCAAAUGUGCCAACACCUCUGUUACCUCUCCAUGGUGGUCCAGGAGAAUGAGAACGUCGUCUUCUGCUUGGAAUGCGCUCUGCGCUAUGUGGAGAAACAGAAGUCCUGUCGCGGGCUCAAAAUGAUGUACCGCUACGAUGAGGAGCAGAUCAACAGUCUGGUGAGCCAGGUGUGCGGGAAAGCCAUGGCGCGGAGCGGCGAGAACUGUAACGGCACGACCCCCGGCAAAACUCCCGCCAAGCGCGGCCCGCGCAAACGAGCCACCGUGGAGGUGCUGCUCUCCCGCCUCUCCUCCUCACACCUGUCCAAAAGUGCUACCACUUCCUCAUGAAGAUGCCAAGAAAAGUCCCUGCUUUUUUAAAGUUUUAUUUUUUUUUUUUCUUCGUUUUUUAAAGAUUUUUGUUUUCGAUUUUAUACCCACCCUCUCACCUCCCCUUUCCUAUAGUACGGAGAGCUUGCUCUAGAAAGCAAGUUCUUUUUUUUGCACUAGCUCGAAAGAAGAUUUUCUCUCUUGUUUUUUAGAGGUCUUUUUCUUUGUGUCGGUCUUAGCAUUAAGUGAAACAUGCACGCGUGUAAUGUAUCCUACACCUACUACAGAGCUCCUCAUUCUUCCGAGGCGCUGCCUGAUGAUGUCACGGAGUCAACUUCCUGUAGAUCUGUGUCCCCUCCCUCUGCUCUCCCUCGUCGGCCCCUGCGACUGCACACACACACUCAUACCUGAACUGUGAACCAGCAGAGAAGACAGAAGGGCGUCCAUUUUUAAUGACAUCACAAAGAGCAGGAAAACCUUUUUUCUUUUAAGUUUUUUAUUUCCAAGAUCAAUUUUAUUCUCUCAGCGAGUGAGCGAACAGCUGUUUUGGGAGAGCGCUGUGGAGGCAAAACUUGAAAGACAGAUGUUUGCUGGCCUGUGUUUUUUUUUUAAAUCAUUAGUUCAUUUUAUGCUUGAUUUUAACCAAGCUGAAGUGUUGUCCAUUUUUAUGGGAGGGCAGGAGGGAGGGUCAGGGGUUGGAGAGGACUCCUGAUUUCCAAAAUCUUGGUGUAGGACAGGUGGGGGGGGUUGUCACCAGUGGGUGCGAGAGGAAGAGUCUCCUUGCGUGUGUAUACUGUGCCUGAUACUAGUAGGAAAAUCCACAUUGUUUUUGGUGCUGUUAGGUAUUACUGUAUAUCAAAUGACAAAAAACAGGACGGAAUGCCUCAGGGCCUUCUGGUUCUAGAUGUGCAAUCGUAUUAACAUUCCACAUUCCUCAUCCUAUUGUUUCAUCUAAGCAUUAAUUAUUAUAUUAUUAUUAUUUUUCCGUGUUCUGAUUUAUAUUUUGGUCUGAUGUGCUAUCACAAGUAGAGCCACUAGUCAAGAGGUUGUAAAAUGUGAAUUAUGAAAAAUCCCAGUUUUCCUUUUUUUU